GCGGUUUUGCGCAGCAGGACGGGCAGAAAGAGGGACAACAGGACGUUGUUGCAUCUGCUUCACGCAGGCAGGCGGAAUCAUUGCGUCAGUGGCGCACGCAGGGCAGGCUUGUGCGCUCGGCGGAUGAGCUAGAGGCGCAGAGGAGAGAGAGGAAAAAGUUUGUGCGGAUCGGAGCGGCGCGACGCGGCGGGACGACGCGUUUCCCUCAGACUCACAAACACUCUACACUUUAUUUGAAGAAGUUCGGCUAGAAGAUCCCCCACCCUCCUUCCGCCCCAACACCAUGGAGCUGCUCUGCCUCGAAAUGGACACCAGCAUACGAGCCCGUCCGGACCCGAACCUCCUGCGCGAUGACAGAGUUCUGCAGAGGCUGCUGACCAUCGAGGAGAGAUUCCUGCCGCAGUAUUCUUAUUUCAAAGGCGUCCAGAAAGACAUUCAGCCCUUCAUGAGGAGGAUGGUCGCUACUUGGAUGUUGGAGGUCUGCGAGGAGCAGAAGUGCGAGGAAGAAGUUUUUCCUCUGGCCAUGAACUACCUGGACAGAUUUUUAGCGAUGGUGCCGAUCAAGAAAUGCAACCUGCAGCUGCUGGGCGCAGUCUGCAUGUUCCUGGCCUCCAAGCUGAAGGAGACGCGGCCAUUAACGGCAGAGAAGCUCUGCAUCUACACAGAUAACUCCAUCAGGCCGCAGGAGCUGCUGGAAUGGGAGCUGGUGGUUUUGGGGAAGUUGAAGUGGAACUUGGCGGCGGUGACACCAAACGAUUUCAUCGAGCACAUCGUGCGGAGGCUGCCGCUGGCCGACGACAAGUUGGUUCUGAUCCGGAAACACGUCCAGACCUUCAUCGCCCUCUGCGCCACAGAUUUCCGAUUCGCCAUGUAUCCCCCCUCCAUGAUCGCCACAGGAAGCGUGGGGGCGGCCAUCUGCGGCCUGCAGCUGGACUCAGCCGACCAAUCCUGGGGCGACAGCCUGACGGACCAGCUAGCCAAAAUCACCAACACAGAGGUGGACGUUCUGAAGGAGUGCCAGGAGCAGAUCGAGCGCGUCCUGGAGAGCAGCCUGCGUGAGGGCCGGCAGCAGCAGCAGCAGCAGCAGCAGACGCAACGGGGCCCCAGCGGGAAGGGCCUGGAUGAGCUGGACCAGGCCUCCACGCCCACAGAUGUCCGCGACGUCAAUUUGUGAAGCACCAGAGGGCGCCGUUGCACAGGAUUUACAAGAAUCUUUUUAAAAAAAACUUUCAGUCUUCAUAAAAGCAGAAAAAAAGAACAAAAGAGCAAAAAAUCGUUAAAAACACAAGGCCUUUAAAGAAAUACAAAGACAGAGCUGGCUAGUUUUGUAGUUGAUCUUUUCUUCAAGUAAAAACAAAAAAAAACAAAACAAAAAACAAAAAAAAACACAAAAACUCCUGCACAUGAAAUAGAUUUUCCCUGAUGCUCUAGUGUAAAAGCAACAAGCCUGAUGAAGCUGCGGUGCCUUGGAUGAGGAGAAGGGAAUCGUUCUGCCUUUAAAGCUGCAGACAGGAGAACUGCAGAGAUUUUCCAUUUUCUAUUUUAUUUGCAAAGAUGAUUUUUCUCACCGUCUGCAGGCGGUGGAAGAAGAGGACGUGUCCUCCACUGCCAGAUCGUCCACCUCUGUGGACGGACAGAACUGUGUAGAGCAGACGGUCCCGUUGCCAGGCAACCGCUGGAACGAUAACAGUUAUUAGUAAUAUUUAUAAUUAUUGAUACCAUCAGAAAUAUUUUGGAACUUCAUGAGCUCCUUUGGUUCAGGCUGCUUGUUUGCAUCGAUUUGAGGAUGCAGAGAAAGAGAGUGUGCCUCCGUGUGUGUGUGCGCAUGUGUGUGUGUGUGUGUGUGUGUGUGUGUGUGUGUGUGUGUGUGUGUGUGUGUGUAAAGGCGGUUCAGCCUCAUGCUGCAGCAGUGUGUCAGACUGCUGCAGCUCACCUGAGCUAACAGGGGACAGGUUAGCAGAGAGACGCUUUGUCUCAUCAGCUCUUCACCUCCAACCCAGAGGUUCUUGCUGCCGGGCCGGGGGCCGAGGAGGGGCCAGGGCGUGGCCCUCGGCGGCCCUCAGUAGCUGCACAGGGUGCAGGAGGAGCAGCAGAGGUUGGAGCGGAUCAGGCAGAACUGUCUGAUGUUUUCCUUCAUGAGCAGCUGAACCUGUGGGGCGGGGCCCGCUGGGGUCCCAUCCGGCUCCCGUUAUGAUUUUAAUAGCUAAGCACUUUGAGGUGAAGUUCAAAUCAAACGGCCUCCGGGUCAGGAGUGGGGAGCUUUCAUUCCUUAUUUCUCUGGAUCCCAACCAGAACCAGAACCUGCUACAGAUUCCAGCAGCAGCGUGUCAUCGGUUCAGAUCUGGAGUCUCUGCAGUAGUAGUAGUGGGGCAGCAGAGAGCCACAUGGGGGCAGCAGAGAGCCACAUGGGGCGGCAGAGAGCCACAUGGGGCAGCAGAGAGCCACAUGGGGCGGCAGAGAGCCACAUGGGGCAGCAGAGAGCCACAUGGGGGUGGCAGAGAGCCACAUGGGGCAACAGAGAGCCACAUGGGGCGGCAGAGAGCCACAUGGGCCGGCAGAGAGCCACAUGGGGGUACUGUGGGUCCCAUGUCGGCCCCAUGUGGGAUCGGUUUUCUUUAAAGUCAGGGACCCAGCUGGUUCUCCUUUAUGGGAUCUGUUCAGUGGAAUCAAAGACCAGUUUGAACCCAGUUUGAACUCGGUGAGCCCCUUCAGUACUGCACCACCCUAACCUGGCUCGGAUGGGGCCCA